AGCAGCAAUGAUGAAAUAGCACAUAAUCACCCCCACGACAAGGGGCACCAGAACGCUAGCCAUGAAGCCAUCUACAGAAGCUAGUAACUUUUGUUCUGGUAAAGCACACGACAGUGUUUUUUUUAUAUUUCUUUGUAAAUACCUGGUGAACCGCGGCCGCCUCUGAACUGAAGAGUACAAGCUGCAAAUCAAAACAAAUAUAUUUCACCCGCUCUCAUCCUUCUUUUACGAUAAGUAUUGUUGUGCGCGCUCUCCUUCGAGGGACGUUCCUAGCUUGAGGGCGCGCGCGCGGUCACAUAGGUCGUAGGAUCGCUAAAUUCGGCUAUUUAGGAGGACAGCCAUGACGUGUCCUGCAAAGUUCAACUGUCUUGGUACACAAACGGCUGUUUGGGAUCCAUGUCGGUGGUUGUUUCUGUCACGGCCCACAUCUUAUAGCUAUGGCAUCAAAUCGUACGGCGAUCGCACGACCUUUGUGACCGCGCCCUAAAUAACGCCAGGAGUCAUUUUCACCCAAGUCGAGUGAGGACAUAGUGUGCCCUGUCAGGGGUUCGAACCUAGUGCUUCCAUUUUCUGAGUCAGAAACCAUAACCACAAGGCCACCAUGCCAACUGUUUUUCGUUAAAUGACUUCUAGGCUUGUGCCCCUUGAACUUGCCACUUGCGCCGCACCCUCAGGUAAUGAGUCAUCAUGGCAUCGAUGUGUUUCAUUUCAUUAUAAAAGAAUGAAUGGUGGGGUCGUGUGGAUUACAGUAGCCUCGCUAGCGUUCAGUUUCACCCCAUUGGCUUUGUCCGAAACAUAGUCGUUUACAAACUUUCAGUUACUUUGGCAACAAAAAAUAUGCCAUGCAACAUUUGCUCCUUUAGGGAGAGGGAGAGGCGCUUAAAUGUGUCUCGACGGUGCGCAAUUCUGGCGGGACUUGGGUUCCUCAGUCUUCUCCAUUUCGUCGUUCUACCUGGCUCCACGGGGAGCUACCACGACGACUGUUACCUUUCGCGAACACAACUGGAGGAUAUGCGCCACAUGGUGGUCACUAUUUGCCAGAUCUAUGAAGAGUUGAACCAGACGUACUGGCUGGACUACGGGACGCUUCUCGGCGCCGUGAGGAUGGGAGAUGUCCUGCCGCAUGAUGGAGAUGUGGAUAUCAGUCGCCUGAAGAUGGAGUCAAAAGUUGCUGAAUCGAACUUUGGUUCCCGAUUCCGUAAGCGACUCCGAGACUCUGGACUGGAAGGAAAUGCAAUGAUGGUCAAGUACAGGGGAGCCAAGGCUGACCUGUUCAACUGGGACCUGGUGACAGGAAAUGCGACGAACUCGCGCGGGACAGUGCCGUUCGCCAUGUUACGGUAUUCGCUUAGCGGAGGCAAGGAAACGUUUAUUGAAGGGUUGAGGUAUUUCACGGCAAAGGUAAACCUGCCGAAAAGCCUCAUCCUCCCCACAACAAAACUGAGUUUUCAAGGGAAGAUGCUGAGUGUGCCGCGGGACUACCGCCGGGUCCUCGCCGAAAGAUACCCGCUGACGUGGGGGGUACGGUUUCCAUACAAAUGGAAGUGUUGGUUACCUUGGGUGCAACUUCCAUCGCCAUCAAAUGACUCUUAGUUAGUCUAGCUUAACACGUUUGCUAAAACAACCACAUAUUGCUGACGCCACAUGUCCUUACGGUCAUUUGAACCUGAUGAAAGCUUCAGUAUAGUCAAAAAUUUGAAGAAAAGUUUUUUUUGUGCAAUUACAUACAUGUAUGUAACGUUCUCUGCAGCACUGCCUGCAAAACCCUAUGUUCCCAUGCCUGAGUGAAGGAAGUCCAAACAUUAAUCUGUUUAAUUGUUUCAUCUUUGUUACCACAGUUAUGUACCAUUCAGUUUAUUCUUGUGGCCGAUUGUUUUUUUCACACUGGAUUUGGUAUUUCAUAACAAUAUUAUUGUAAUACAUGUAUCAAUAUUUGUGUAGUAUAACCAACAAGACACAUAGCCUAUAUCAUAAAUGUGUGGUAAACAAAUACAGAAGCUUAAUUAAAAUUCUGCUUUUUUAACGAAGGAAAGCGGGGCAGUUAAGUGAUAUAUAGCAAUCAAACACAAAAUUGGGUCCAUGUAAUUUCAUUGUGUCAACCUUUAUCAUGCUGUGUUACCCAUGACAUAGCAUUGGACGGCAAUGUAUAGUUCACUAACACUUACCUACCCCUGCGCUGUUUGUUCUACUGGUAUCCUACAAAUGUGUAAAUACAUGUGCUGGCCUUACAACUAACAUUACAUUGUGCAUAAGUUACAACAGUGAUUAUACUAUUUUG